UUCAAAUUUCCAAUUGCAACCAGCUGAUGGCAGUCAAUUGAGGCUUUUUAUUUAAAUGAUUACAAAUAAUGCCGAAAAUGGAGGUCAUCCGUUGCAAGGUACCGUAAAAAUGACGAUGGCAACCGACAAAAGGAAGUACGUGACGUGCGACCAGAAAUCCGUCCUCGUCGACUUCAUCAAGACCCAUUACGAAAUGGCAAAGCCGAGAUUGGACAAUUCGUUCACGGUGAAAGAGCUGAACAGUUUGUGGGAGCAACUGUCGUGCACCCUAAAUCGUCUGGAAGGCGCGACGAAGUCGUCGAGGGGCUGGCGAAAGUGCUGGCACGAUUUGCGACGCAACACAAAGGAGAAGGUGGCCAAGUUACGACUGCAAGGCCGUUCCAGUUCGCAGGAGGAAUUGACGCCGAUUCAAGAGAAGGUGCGCGCGUUAAUCGAGGAAAACGACCUGAAGGAGCCGGUCGUGUUUUACAAUAUUAAACCGGAGAAUGACGCGCUUCCGGCCGAGCUGGACGUGGCGAGCAACAGCGCGGACUCCUGGGCGGAACGUAAACCGGCGGUGGAGCAGCCGCCGGUUCCGAAACAGAAACGAUUUAGGACGCGAUUGCGAAGCUUCGCCGAGCGUAAGUUGCAUAUAAAAAAGUCGUAUUACAAUCGCAAGCUGGCGCUGCUAGAGCAACACAUUCAGGCGAUAAAUCGACAGACGGAUGCGAUCAACAAACAGACUGUCGUGCACGAGCGCCUAAUGCAAUUAUUAAAUCCGAAAUUAGCUGUUUAGGGAUUAGGUUUUUGUGUAGUAAUUUUUACGAAUAGAAAUAAAAAAUGCUAUUAGUUCUAAUGUA